AUGCAUUCUUAUAUUCGCCCUAAUCAGUAUGCCAUUGUGCAACUGCCUUCAGAUCAGACUCGGAUCAUAAACCCAGUACCAAACACCAUAGUUUCAUUGGGAAAAUACGGCAGCUUCGCUGCCAACCAGAUCAUCGGUCGCCCCUUCUACCUGACCUUCGAGAUUCAAGACACCGCUGAACCAGAUGGAUAUCAACUGCGCGUCGUUUCAGCCACCGAGUUGCAUGCUGAAACCCUCAUCGAAGAGGCCGAGGCAGAUGGCGAGGGUGAUGAAGGGGAAUCCGGCGCAGGAACCCCAAUGCGCACAAACCAGAACAUUGUCGACGAUGCCGCAACGCAGCGGUUGACUUUGGAGGAAAUCGAAGAGCUGAAGAAAGAAGCUGGUGGAGCAGGCAAAGAGAUUGUCGCAAAGCUCCUCGAGUCGCAUUCAGCCAUUGACCAGAAGACGGCGUUUUCUUUGGCCAAAUACACAUUGCGCAAGCGAAAGAAGUACAUCAAAAGAUUUACGGUUCUCCCGCUAGAUGUCAGCACGCUCGCCAAUUACUUAUUGUCCGAGACAGAUUCAGGAAAGGGUAUGGAAUUACGCGACGAGCACAUCGGCCUGCUUGGAUGCUUGGGCAAUGUGCACCACGGUGGACAAUCCACAACGGAACUCAUUCCCGAUGUGAAGCCCAAUGGACGGUAUUUUGUGGUAGAUGAGACAGGCGGCUUGAUUGUGGCCGCCAUGGCCGAGCGGAUGGGUAUUCUAUACCCUCAUGACAACGACGAUGACGAGGAUGAGCCUUCAGCUGCCGAUGAGUCGUCAACUACCGCAGAGCCCCGGGGCUUCACACCAAUCCGCCGCCGCCGCACUCGCCCAAUGUCCGCAUCAGGCAAUACUAUAACAGUCAUCCACGCCCAGGCGCAACCCAACCUGUCUCUCUUAAAAUACUUUGGCUAUGAUAUCAACCUCCCCGACGAAUCUCACCCACUUCACAUCCACCUCAAGUCCGUUUCCUGGCUCCAGUUGACCGACCCCUCUAAAGACUCAAUUCUUUCCAACGAACCAGCCGUCAUUCCCGCGGAAGAGCUGGCCGAGUUGAAGCCUAGCAAGCGCACGGCCUAUUACUUCAAGCGCAACCGAUGGGAGAAAGUUAAGACUGUGACGGAUGAGGCCCGUGCGGGUGGAUUUGACGGUCUCAUUGUGGGAACUCUUCUCCAACCAGAGAGCGUCAUGCAACACACCGUUCCUCUACUCGCCGGUUCAGCUGCUGUGUCCAUAUACUCCCCCUACGUUGAACCGCUUGUCAAGCUGAUGGAUCUUUACUCUACUGCGCGAAGGACUGCCUUUAUCAAUCGAAAGCGGGACUUGAAUUUACAGAAAAAUGAUGACGAAGAGAUUGAUCUGUCUCCGCUACAGAAGGAAUUUGGAGUCGACCCAACCCAGCUUCUACCGCCGACUUUACACCGCUCCCGCGUGCGAGCCUGGCAGGUACUUCCGGGUCGGACUCACCCCCUGAUGACCAGUCGCGGUGGUGCAGAGGGAUAUCUUUUCCACGCUGUGCGUGUCAUUCCCACUGCAGAGCAUAUCCAAGCUGCGGGCACAUUCCGAAAGAAGCGCAAGUUGGAUACAACAUCCACCCCUGCCAGUGAUCGGGACGUUGUGAUGCUGUCAUAG